AUGCAACAAUCCUGGACUCAGAGUCAAACCUUUAACCUAUCCGGACAUAUCAUUAGCUUAAACCUCCGGAUUGAGGCAGGGGGAAACACCAAUCAGAGGGGCAGGCCUAAAGAACUUGUCGUUUUCAGAGCGACAGAUGUUGACAAGAACUCAUCUUCAGUGAAAGAUGACGAGGCUCCCGUUCUUCUGCCGGAGUACAACCGUGAAACGGACAAGGACUCCGUAGCCAAACUCAAAGAACGACUGCAUUGUGCAGACUUGCGCUAUUCAAAAUUGGAAAAAUUAUACCAAAACUAUAGGCUUCGUUGGCUGGAGGAAUGUUAUCGGGUCAGCGUUUUGGAGGAAUACGCACCAAGUGGGAUUAGCACAUACUCUCCUCGUCAGAUCACAUGGAAUGCCCCUUCCCCCAUACAAUGCAACGAGGACGAUGAAAUCGAGGACCAGGAGCAAGUGUAG